CCGCAGUAGAAGCAAGUUUAGCACAGAUGGCUAAAACUGAAAACGCAGAGACAAAACUCAAUUUUUCACAAGACGAGCUGAUCUUGUGCUUUCACGGUCCUUUACUCUACGAGGCCAAGGUAACAAAUCACAGAAUCGAUCGCAUCCUAAAGGCCGAAAAUUGGGGUCCCGAUGAUUCAGAAUCUGGGGAAAUCGGUCCACAUUAUUUUGUUCAUUACAAAGGGUGGAAAAAAACGUGGGAUGAGUGGGUUCCAGAAGAGAGAGUUGUAAAAUACAAUGAUGCUAACUUGGCUAGACAAAAGCAACUAAAAGACACAUAUACUAAUAAGAAAAAGAAAUCUGCAAACAAAGAACGACAGAGCACCCCUUCCCAGGAACCUUUACGAUUAAUGCAAGCUCGUACAAAUAAUUUUGCGCAAACUCGUCAAAAGAUUGCUAAUAGAGGCCAGCAGAGAAGUUCUUCUCCCGAGCAGCCCGAGAGUCCUAAUUCAGAUGCAAGCUCCAUUAAGCAAGAGGAUGAAGAAAUGUUAGACAUUAAAGAAGAACAUUUAGAGCCAGAUAGUGAUGUUCAAGAAAAUCAAAGCCAGCCACGCACCAAAAAACGUAAAUCGAUAGACGAAGACGAAGAUGAAGAUGAAGAAGAAGAAUUUAUGAAUCGUCUUGAAAUUAAAAUCUCUCUGCCCGAAUCACUAAAAUGCAGAUUGAUAGAUGAUUGGGAAAACAUCACAAGAAAUCAUGCAUUAUUAAAAUUACCUCGGUCACCAACUGUCUCGGAAAUUCUAAAGCAAUAUUUGGAGUACAAACGUUCAUCCUCAAUAAAAAGUGAAAAGAGCGACAUCUAUACGGAGGUUGCUCAUGGAAUUCAAGUUUAUUUCGAGAAGACUUUGGGGAACAUUCUUUUAUAUGGCUACGAAAGACAACAAUAUGUUGAUGUUCGUAAGCAAUUUCUAGAGAAAGAAAACGCAGAAAUUUAUGGAGCUGAACAUUUAUUGAGGCUCUUUGUCGAAUUACCCCGUUUGCUUGUUCACACACAUAUGGAUCAAACAACUACCGAGACUCUUGAAGAGCAUUUGGCUGAUUUCUUAAAAUUUUUACAGAAGAAUGAAGAUCAAUACUUUAUCACUGAAUAUGAGCGUCAUG